UCUCCUGAUCUUCAGAUCCAUGAAAAAGAGGAGGAGGAAAUGAAUGAGAAGAACGAGAACGCCAACUGCUUGAAUGAGGAGCCUCUGAUUACAGCAGAUCAGGUAAUCGAGGAGAUCGUUGAGAUGAUGGAGAACUCUCCAGAUCCUGGUGAAACGGAGGAGGAGGAUGAGGAGGAGAGCAGCCUCUGCUCCUCCAGGACCAACCCCUCCCUGCUGGAGGAGAUCAGGCAGCUGUCUCUGGCCUCCAACAGCAACUGCUCCUAUGAAGGCCUCAGCUGCAUGCCGAGCUCCGCUCUUGUUGAACUGCUGCACCGCGUGGAAGCCGCCAUCCGCGAGUUCUCCGAGGAGCUGGUCAACCAGCUGGCUCGGCGGGAUGAGCUGGAGUUUGAGAAGGAGGUGAAGAAUACGUUCAUCACGGCUCUGAUGGAGGUGCAGAACCGGCAGAAGGAGCAGCGGGACAACAGCAAACGCAAACGCCGUGACAAGGCCCUGAGUCUGCAGGGGGGGGCGGUGUCCUCCAACGGGGGGAACACCGGCACCAUGCCGGCCAAGGUCAGUGGUCCUGGAAGGUUCCUCAGCAGACAGGAGGUCCUGAAAGGUCCUAGAAGGUUCCUCAGCAGACAGGAGGUCCUGAAAGGUCCUGGAAGGUUCCUCAGCAGACAGGAGGUUCUGAAAGGUCCUGGAAGGUUCCUCAGCAGACAGGGGGUCCUGAAAGGUCCUGGAAGGUUCCUCAGCAGACAGGAGGUUCUGAAAGGUUCUGAAAGGUUCCUCAGCAGACAGGAGGUCCUGAAAGGUCCUGGAAGGUUCCUCAGCAGACAGGAGGUCCUGAAAGGUCCUGAAAGCCGACAGGAGGUCCUGAAAGGUCCUGGAAGGUUCCUCAAGAGACAAGAGAUUCUAAAAGGUCCUGGAAGGUUCCUCAGCAAACAAGAGGUUCUGAAAGGUCCUGGAAGGUUCCUCAGCAGACAGGAGGUUCUGAAAGGUCCUGAAAGCAGACAGGAGGUCCUGAAAGGUCCUGGAAGGUUCCUCAGCAGACAGAAGGUUCUGAAAGGUCCUGGAAGGUUCCUCAGCAGACAGGAGGUUCUGAAAGGUCCUGAAAGGUUCAUCAGCAGACAGGAGUAUCUGAACACCGUGAUUCCGUAUGAGAAGAAGACCACCCCUCCAUCUGUGGACGACCUCCAGAUGCUCACAAAGAUUCUCUACGCCAUGAAGGAAGACAGUGAGAAGGUGCCGACUCUCCUCACUGACUACAUACUGAAAGGAACCAUCCAUCCAGGCACCGCGGUGUGACCCGGAAAUCAGCCCCAGAACCUUCCUCCCGUCUGGCCCAGUCUGCAUGAGCUCCCCUCGUUUUCAGCCAUGGAUCGCCACCAUCCUCAUUAUCGCCUCCAUCUAAACUA